GGAUUGUUAGGGCUGGGAGUUUGGGAAUUGGGAGGGAGGAGGAGGGGCAUAAAUACUGGUGUUGUUCUCGCGGCGCACUUACUUCAAUCCAUCAAUCACGGCUGCGAUUGCAAUUGAAACUUCCACUUCCACUUCAACUUCAACUUCAACAAUCAGAUAGCUCUUCGCUACGAUACAAAUAGCCCACAGAACACUUCCAGCUAGGCUACGUAAGCUUCAUUCUCGAUACCUUCAUAGAGAGCUCAAUACUGUACUCAAGAAUCUAGAUUCUCUCCAAUUCAAACCGCCGUACCUUUUUCAACUCAUCCCCAAAAUGCCACGCUUCAUCCUCUUCCUACGCGCCGACAAGCAAGCUGAGACUGAUCUCGGCGGACCCCCCGAAAUGUUCGCCGCCAUGGCCGCCUACAACGAAUCCAUGGUCGCCGCCGGCAUCAUGCACUCAGGCGAAGGGUUGCACCCAUCCAAAUCCGACGGUCGAAGAGUCGUAUUCCAUCCUGGAAAGAAGGCAGAGGUGCAGAGUGGGCCAUUUCCGUUGAAGGAGUUGGUGUGCGGGUGGUGGGUUAUUAAGGUGGGGAGUGUGGAGGAGGCGGUGGGGUGGGCCGAGAAGUGCCCUUGUAUGGGGGAGGGAUCUGUGAUUGAGGUGAGGAGAAUUGCGGAUGCGGAGGAUUUUACGGAGGGGUUUGAUGAUGAUUUGAAGAAGAGGGAGGAGGAUUUGAGGAAGAAGACGGAGGAGAUUGCUAAGAGGGGCUGAAAGAUAGAUGAGUUGGUUUUGGCCGACUGUCUGCAGCGUUGUUAUGUUAGGUCGUGUUUGGUGUUUGAGCAGAGAGCAAAUUCACGCUCGUUUACUACCAAAAGUUGAUCUCCUUCAUCUCGACGUGCCCUGAUCAGUUGGGAGAUGAAAUUUCAGCAGUGAAGAUGGAAUUCUAAGCACAACGAAUCAUCAUACGUUUCUGA